GUGUCGUCUAUGGCCGAAUCCGUUAAAAGUCAAUCGCUCUCUGCAUUGACGGAGGGGCAGCACGACGACGGUAGUACAACAGCAACAGCGGCGUCCUUAGUUAAUAAUACUACCACAGGUGCAGCAGCAAAUACAAAUCGUCGGCGUAACCACAACAACAACAACAACACUAAUAAUAAUUAUAAUAAUAAUAACAACAAUAACAGUAGCAGCAGUAGCAGUAAUAGCAACAGCAGCACCCGUAAAUCACACAAUAAGAAUAAAAAACGUAAUACCAAUCCGGCUGUCAGCUCCUCCUCCGUCAACGCCAGUACCAUUAGCUCCUUUAACCGUCGCUCGCGCAGUCAAGGUCGCAGUCAGCAGAACAACAAGGAGCCGGAGUCACCACUGGUGUCCACCAAGCGAUCAUCCACCUUUCGUUCCCCCUCAUCCCCGGCGCCCAGCUCCAAUUCGAUCUCCGGCGAUCAGUCCGUUUCCCCAGGAAAUCGCAAGCGCCAGCAUCAGCAGAAUACCAGCACCACCGCCGGCGGCACCACCAGCCACCAGACCACCUUCAGUCGCAGCAAUCAACCGGCGCCCGGUGGUGAUCAGCUGGUAGAGCUCAGCUCGCCGUUGAAGAAGCGCCGCCUCCAGCCGACGGCGUCAUCAUCGCACAACAACAACAACAGUGUGGUGUCAACAGCAGGAACCGAGGCAUCAUCAGGUAUCGAGGAAGGAAGCGUAACAGCAACUGCCGGCUUCACAGAAUCCGGCAGUGACCAACAGCAGCAGCAGCAGACGCCACGCCAGGCAUCCGGCGGUGAUUGUGUGGCCCAGCGUACCCGUUCCAAGACCGUUUCUCCAGAGGAACUGCCGAGCACCAGCAGUGCAGCUGCUGCGGCGCGUCUCCAGCACCAUCAGCACCACACCCAGCUGAGGGCCAGCGCCAGCUCCAGCAGUGUUCCUGCAGUGGUCUGCAGUCGUCAGAAGCGCAAAGCUAGCGGAGGAUCGGGGUCUUUGGUCGAGGCGACACCCCAACGUGGGGCAGCAGCAGCAGCUCGCGCUGGACGCCCCAGCAAUUUGCUGAACUACUAUCGCAAGACCCGCAAGGUCAGCCACACGCGCUCCUCCCAGAAGUCGGAGAAGCAGGCGGCCGUUCAGGAGGAGGAGGAAGAGGAGGAGGAGGCCUCUGCCUUUGCCUCUGCCACUGCCACAGCCAGCUCUAGCGAGAGUCAACUGCAGGGAUCUGUUUCUGGAUCGAGCAACAGCAAAUCGGGUGGAAUUGGGAAGUGGAACAAGAAGGGCCUGCGCCACUUGCAACAGAAUCAACUGGACACUGAUAACGCCACCACAUCGGAAGCUGGAGCUGAGGAACAGCAGCAGUUGGAGCAGAAGAAUCUGGAAGUGGAGAAUCAGUUGCCGGCCGUAGAGUCGGCUCUCAAUCUUCCAGAGUCGUCAGCAAAUCAGAGCCAGUCGGAGGCGGCGGAGGGCCAGUCCCAGUCCGAGGAGCAGGACGAGCGUGACGACGAGGAAGAGGAGGACGACGAAGAGGAGGAAGAAGAGGAAGAGGAGGAAGAGGUGAGCUUCUUCGAGAUUGUUAACUCAGCGGACUCGUCGUACGAGGAGGACGCCCAGAUUGUUGCCGAGGAGGACGAGAUCACCGAGGAGGAGGACGUUGACGACGAAGAGGACGAGGAUAUCGAGGAGGACGAGGAUAUCGAGGAAGAAGACCUCUCAGAGAGCGAAUUCGCCCAGCAGCUCAUCGGUGAACUUGGUGGGGCAGGACCACCGCCGGCUCUCUACCAACAACAACAAGCACCGCCACAGCUGACCCGUUAUACGGCAGGACCGACGGCGGCAGCGGCAACAUUUGUACCGCCGCCGCAACAGCAACAGGUUACAUACAAUCAACAGCAGCAGCAGCAGCAGCAGCACUCCUCACUGCGACGGAGCUCACGUGGCAAGACGGGUUCUUGUGUGAGUUCGGCGGCAGCGGCACAGCAACAUAGCACGGCUGCUGCUGCUGUACAACAACAACAGCAACAACAACAACAACAACAGCAGCAGCAGCAUCAGCAUCAGCAACAGCAACAGCAACAGCAACAACAUCAGCAACAACAACCACAAUUGCUGCCACCGCCUGGAACUUAUCAAUACCAACAAGUGGGUGGCAAUACAGUUGUUGUUGCCGUUCGACAACAACAGCAGUUGCAACAGCAGCAGCAGCAGCAACAAUUAGCCUUACACCAGCAGCAACAGCAACAGCAGCAGCAGCAGCAGCCGCAUCAUCAGCAACGUGCCACCCUCGUGCAGCCUGGUUUCUUGUUCAGUUAUCGCAGCAAUCAUCCGCAGCAGCAGCAGCAGCAGCAACAUCCCCAUCCCCAACAGCAGCAGCAGCAGCAGCAGAUCCAUCAGGGCAACAAAGUGACACAUAGCAGUGCAGCUUCGGAUGCUUUAGCAUAUAGUUUGAUGGCUCAACAACCGCCAAGUGGACCGCCGCAUGCAGGUGGACAGCAACUGACGCCAGGUGCCAACUCAGCUAACCUCAGCAUUGUUGCGGCCGCAUUGAGUGCCGCCCGUGACGUCGGCGGUGGAGGACCAGGUGGACCACCAGGUGGAAGUGGAAGUGGAGGAACGGCAACGGCGCCAGCCGGAUCAUCAUCAUCAUCGGCGGCAGCCGGAGGUAACAACAGCGCGGUGGGCGCAACUAGCAGCAACAGCAGUGCCGGCCAACCAGCCAGCAACAAUAGCGGCAGCAGCAAUGUAACCCAAUCGGGUGCUGCUUCUGGCGGAUCAGGAGCAGGUGGUAGCGGUAGCGGCGCCACCGCCAGCACAACGAACAGUGCCAGCCAGCAUAGUGGUGGAGCAGGUGCAGCCGCUGAUUCGGAGAGCGAUGAUAGCGAAGUGGGCCGUUUACAGGCGCUGCUAGAGGCCCGGGGUCUGCCGCCACAUUUGUUUGGAGCGCUCGGUCCCAGGAUGACGCACAUACUCCAUCGCACCAUCGGCAACAGCAGCAGCUCCAAGGCGAACCAACUGCUGCAGGGUCUACAGUCGCACGACGAGUCCCAACAGCUGCAGGCGGCCAUCGAGAUGUGCCAGAUGCUGGUGAUGGGCAAUGAGGACACCCUCGCCGGUUUCCCCAUCAAACAGGUGGUGCCGGCCCUCAUCCAGUUGCUUCGCAUGGAGCACAACUUUGACAUUAUGAAUAACGCGUGCAGAGCCCUGGCCUAUAUGCUGGAAGCGCUGCCCCGAUCCUCGGGUACCGUUGUGGAGGCAGUGCCAGUGUUCCUCGAGAAGCUACAAGUCAUCCAGUGUAUGGACGUGGCCGAACAGAGUCUGACAGCGCUGGAGAUCCUGUCGCGUCGCCACAACAAGGCCAUACUGCAGGCGAAUGGCAUUUCGGCCUGCCUCACAUACCUGGACUUCUUUUCGAUUGUGGCCCAGCGUGCGGCACUGGCCAUUGCCGCCAAUUGUUGCCUUAACAUGCAUCCGGAGGAGUUUCACUUUGUGUCGGAGAGCUUGCCGCUGCUGGCCCGUCUGCUGUCGCAGCAGGACAAGAAGUGCGUCGAGAGCGUCUGCUCUGCCUUCUGUCGUCUGGUGGAGAGCUUCCAGCACGAUAGCCAGCGCUUGCAGCAAAUCGCCAGUCCGGACCUCCUCAAGAACUGCCAACAACUGCUCCUGGUCACUCCGGCCAUUCUGAACACUGGCACCUUCACCGCAGUCGUUCGAAUGCUGAGCCUGAUGUGCGGCAACUGUCCGGAUCUGGCCAUUUCGUUGCUCAGGAACGACAUAGCCGCUACGCUGCUAUAUCUGCUAACCGGAAACGCUGAGCCGGCAGCGGCCAGUGCCAACCACGUGGAACUGGUGUCCCGCUCGCCCUCGGAACUGUACGAACUGACUUGCCUGAUCGGCGAACUGAUGCCUCGUCUGCCGCUCGACGGUAUUUUUGCCGUGGACGCACUGCUGGACCGGCCGACCCUCAACACCCAGGAUCAGGUGCACUGGCAGUGGCGCGAUGAUCGCGGCGCCUGGCACAACUACUCGACGAUAGAUUCCCGACUGAUCGAGGCCGCCAACCAAAGCAGUGAGGACGAGAUCAGCCUGAGCACCUUUGGACGCACAUACACGGUCGAUUUCCAUGCCAUGCAGCAGAUCAACGAGGACACCGGCACCACACGCCCCGUUCAGCGUCGCAUCAAUCACAACUAUGUGGCGCCUAUGGCGGCGGGCCAGGAUCUCUCCACAUCAUCGGCUUCAGGCUCAGCGUCAGCCAGCGGAGCAUCCACAUCGGCUGCAGCGGCGGCUGCCUCUUCAAAUAAUAACAACAACAACAACAAUCCCCCGGCCAGCAGCAGUGGCCAGCAGAAGCGUCGGCCAUCGUUGGAUGCCAGGAUAGCUUGUCUCAAGGAGGAACGUGGUCUAGCCGCGGACUUUAUCAAACACAUCUUCAACGUGCUAUACGAGGUGUACAGCUCCUCGGCCGGACCCAAUGUACGCUAUAAAUGCCUGCGCGCCCUGCUCCGCAUGGUCUACUACGCUACGCCGGAGUUGUUGCGUCAGGUGCUCAAGUAUCAGCUGGUUUCCAGUCACAUUGCCGGAAUGCUUGGUAGCAACGACUUGCGGAUUGUGGUCGGUGCUCUUCAGAUGGCCGAGAUUUUAAUGCGUCAGCUACCCGAUGUGUUCGGCACUCAUUUCCGCCGCGAGGGCGUCAUCUACCAGUUCACCCAGCUGACCGAUCCCAAUAACCCAAUCUGCGCCAAUCCAUCUCCCAAGCCGCUAAGCACCACCGCCACGCCCUCAGCCAAUGCUGGUGGUUCACAGAGCGCCCCAGCUUCGGCUAACAGCCUGCAGGUGAAUCCGUUCUUCAUGGAAAGUGCCCCAGGAUCCUCGAGUGCUUCCACGACGCCCAGCAGCAGCAAGCACCAGUCGUACAGUGUGAAGAGCUUCUCGCAUGCCAUGAACGCCCUGACGGCCAGUGCCAAGGGAACUCCGGCUGCUGCCUUGGAUGUGUCUGGAACAUCAACUCCUUCCGCUGCGUAUAACUAUAGCAGCUCGGCGCCGUCUUCGUCAACGGCUGGAGCUCCUGCCUUCUUUGUGGCCCAGCAGGGUGAUCCGCGACAGUACGUUCAUUUCCAGCAGCCGGCGGCUCCACCACCGCCACCUCAACUGGAGUUGCUGCCCACCGGAGCCAUUCAGCAGCAGGGCCAGCAGGUGUCCCAGGUUAUAUACCAGCCACAGCAGCAGCCGGCCCACCUAGUGGUGGCCUCAACCAGCAGCGCCGCCGCCUCGGCCUCCUCGUCCUCCUCUUCGUCGUCGUCGGCCACGGCUCUUCAGCACAAAAUGACGGAUAUGCUGAAGCGGAAGGCUCCGCCCAAGCGCAAGUCUCAAAGCAGUGGGCGAGCCAAGUCGCGGCAGGAGGAUGCGGCUGCAGCAGCAGCGGCAGCUGGCUCUGGAGCGCCACCCACGUCGGCUAGUUCGGCGAUGCACGAGCUACUCAGCCGUGCCACAAGUCUUGGAAGCGGCACUGGAGGAAGAAGCACGCCCAGCUCUGGCGGCGGCUCUGGAAGCUCCAAGUCUCGUUUCAAUGCCGGAAACUCAACCAACGCGGGAUCGAGCAAGUCCUCAUUUUUGGCUUCGCUUAAUCCGGCCCGCUGGGGACGCCAGACGGCUCAUCACCAUCAUCAUCAGUCGCAGCAACAGCACCACGGCAUGUCGAAGGACUCGGGUAGCGCAAGCGGAUCAGGAGCCGGCUUGGCCUACACGGUUAACCAGCACGGCGCCGGAGGAAGUGGUGGUCUGAAUGCCGCCGCCGUGGCAGCCAGCAUCAGCAAGAGCAUCUCGCACGCCAAUCUUCUGGCGGCUGCCAAUCGGGAGCGGGCACGGCAAUGGGUACGCGAGCAGGCGGUGGACUUUGUUAAGCGCUACACAGAGCAGGAGGCACGGAGGAGUAAGGCAACGUCUGAGAGCGGUGGAAGCCAGAAUACAAGCUCCGCGGCAGCCGGCACAACACCUCUGGCCACUGCUGGUAGCACCAAUGUGCUUGAGCGCCUCUCAAGUAUUCUUUUCAAGCUAAACGGCAGCUAUCACGACUGUCUGGACGCCCUACUUGAACUGAAGACCAUUCUGCUCGAAAGCGACAUCUCACCGUUCGAAGUCAACCACUCUGGCCUGAUCAAAGCCAUGCUCAACUACAUGACCAGUGAUACGGGUCUGGUGGAGCGCGACGCUCGUCUGCGUAGCUUCAUGCACGUUUUCGCCGGCCUACCGCUUGAACCCCUGCUCCAGAAUGUGGGUCAACUGCCCACCAUCGAGCCGAUAGCCUUCGGGGCAUUUGUGGCCAAACUUAAUGGCUGUGUCACCCAAUUGGAACAGUUCCCUGUUAAGGUGCACGACUUUCCGGCAGGACCCGGCGGUCGUUCCAACCAGAGUGCGCUAAGGUUCUUCAACACUCACCAGUUAAAGUGCAACCUUCAGCGUCAUCCACAAUGCAGCAAUCUCCGCCAGUGGAAGGGCGGCACCGUCAAAAUCGACCCACUGGCCAUGGUGCAGGCCAUCGAGCGGUACCUAGUGGUGCGCGGCUAUGGUGGCAUCCGUGCCGACUCUGAUGACGACAGUGAAGAGGAUAUGGAUGAUAAUGUCGCCGCCGUGGUCAUGACCCAGGCUGGCUUCAAGCACAAGUUGCAGUUCACGAUCGGGGAGCAUGUCCUGCCCUACAACAUGACCGUCUACCAGGCGGUGAAACAGUUCUCGCCGCUGGUCAGUGAACAGCCGGAGACGGACAACGAGUCGGAGACCCUGCUGGGCAAUGCCAGUAUCUGGGUUCAGCAGCACACUAUCUACUAUCGGCCCGUGGAGGAGGAGGCCGGUUCGGGAACUGCCGGAGCCUCUAGCAGCAGUUCGUGCAGCAGCAGCGGCGUGCAAAAGCAGCAGAGCACCUCGAGUUCGGCCGCCAGUUACGCAAAUGCCUCGACCUCGUGCUCCUCGUCCUCGGGAGUGGCCAGUGGCGGUGGAUCGUCCUCGAAGAAGGCGCAUAAGUCGAGCAGCAAGUUCAUGCGCAAGAAGACAGAACUUUGGCACGAGGGCAUCGCCCCGGGUGUGAUCUCGGCUCUGAAGCCGUUCCUCAGCAGCUCGUUGCCCGGCGAUGUGGUGACUGUGCAGGACGCCUCCCUCGACGCCCUGUGCAUGCUGCGUGUCAUCCAUGCCCUCAACCGCCAUUGGGAACAUCUGUACGGAUGCGUCGUUCGUCAGAACAUCAUUCCACAAUCGGAGUUCGUGCAUCCCAAGAUCACCGCAAAGGCCAACCGCCAACUGCAAGAUCCACUGGUGAUCAUGACUGGCAACCUGCCGCAAUGGCUGCCCCAGAUUGGAAUGGCGUGUCCCUUCCUCUUCCCAUUCGAGACGCGUCAUCUGCUCUUCUACGCCACCAGCUUCGAUCGGGACCGUGCCUUGCAACGCCUGCUAGACACCACACCGGAUUUGAAUGCAGCCGAAUCGUCUGAGCGUGUGGCGCCUCGACUUGAUCGUCGCAAGCGGGCCAUAUCUCGGGCCGAGAUCCUUAAGCAGGCAGAACAUAUCCUGCAAGACUUUGGCCAUUCAAAGGCCCUGUUGGAAAUUCAAUAUGAAAAUGAGGUCGGAACGGGUCUUGGACCUACUUUGGAGUUCUACGCCUUGGUCUCUGCUGAGCUGCAGCGUACGGAUCUGGGCUUGUGGAACGGAAGCGACAGUUACAAACAGAACUCUGUGACCAUCGUGGAUGUUGUGAAGGCAAGCAGCGCUGUGGUGCACAUCGAGGACGCUCUUGAGGCCACCACCAUGGAUCAGAGCCCGCCGCUCGUUAGCAGUACCACCACCACCACAGCCACCAUGACGGCAACCACCCGUUCCAGCAGCCGGUCGCACGUCUUGCGCAGUGGCGCCGGCCAACAGCCAACCCAGCCGGUGGAGCACAGCUCCUCCAGCACUGGCGCGAAUGAUAACGCUUUAAACAUGAUCAUCGCACAGCAAUUUAGUGAUAUCAUCGCUGCGGAUGCAGCAGCAGCAGCCGUAGCAGCGGCGGCAGCUGCAGCUACUGAUAAUCCAAGCAGUACCACCAACAACACCACAGCUAGUGUAGUGGAGCAGACAACCACGACAACUCAAUCGGGAACAAUGACCACCACCACAACCAUGACGAGCUAUGUGCACGCCGUCCACGGACUGUUCCCGCUCCCAUUGGGAAAAUCCUCAAAGCUACCCCAGAUGACCAAGGCCAAGUCCAAGUUCAAAUUCUUGGGCAAGUUCAUGGCCAAGGCUGUGAUGGACAGCCGCAUGUUGGAUUUGCCAUUCUCUUUGCCCUUCUAUCGCUGGCUAGUCAAUGAGGAGCAUUCCAUUGGCUUGGCUGAUCUGAUGCGGGUUGCCCCGGAGGUACAAAACACACUUGUACGCCUUCAGGACGUUGUCCGUCAUCGCGAGUACAUCCUGGCUGAUCCAAACAUUGAUGCCAUGGAGAAGACCGAAAAGAUUGAACAGUUGGACUUGGACGGCUGCCCUAUUGCGGAUCUGGGCCUUGACUUUGUGCUACCUGGCCAUGCCAACAUUGAGCUGUGCCGUGGUGGCCGUGAUACUCCGGUGACUGUGCACAACUUGCAUCAAUACAUCUCGCUGGUCACCUAUUGGUUCCUAAUCGAGGGUGUCCAGAAGCAGUUUGAAGCCCUGCGCGAGGGCUUCGAUUCAGUUUUUCCGAUCCAACGACUGCGUAUGUUCUAUCCGGAGGAGCUGGAGUGCGUAUUCUGCGGCUCUGGCAGUGAGCAACAGCAGCAGCGGUGGGACGUGAAGAUGCUGCAGGACAGCUGCCGCACGGACCACGGUUUCCACCAGGAGUCGCAGGCAAUACAGUUCCUGUAUGACAUCCUUGCCUCGUAUAACCGCGACGAGCAGCGCGCCUUCUUGCAGUUUGUGACAGGAUCGCCGCGUCUCCCGACUGGCGGUUUUAAGGCACUGACGCCUCCGCUGACAAUCGUGCGAAAAACGCUGGACGGCAACCAGAACCCCAACGACUAUCUACCAUCUGUGAUGACAUGCGUCAACUAUUUGAAGUUGCCCGACUAUUCGAGUCGUGAGGUGAUGCGGCAGAAACUAAAAGUGGCCGCUAACGAGGGCAGCAUGUCCUUCCAUCUUUCCUAAACCAAUGCGAUAAACACUUCCAUCGACCACAUCUGAAGCAGCUGGCAUCAACUAGCAUCAACUAGAAACUGAUAGAUAUGAAGGAAUAUACAUAUAUGAAUCUAUAUUCAAAUCGCCACAGAACCCCCUUAAAUGUCAGCUGCUUCGGUAAUCAGGAAAAGCAUCGUUUAACUGGAUGGAUAAUUUUUGUUGUGUUGCCGUCUCAGCCGUAACAAUUUCACUUAUUUUUUUUUUUUCGAAAGUUACUUUCGUCGCGCGCGCUACUUAGCGCCUCACCCCACCCUUUCUUCUCUCUUGGCAAGCGCGCGCCAUGCUAAAUUUCAAUAUAAAUAUAUAAUUAUAAUAUAUUUUUUAUUACCGAGUUUUGCAAAAAAAGAAGAAACCCACAACGAAAGAGAAGAAAAUAAAUUCGCAUUCCCAUCGGGAAUUACCCAAGAAGGAGGUAUAAGAUGAACACCAAUCAUGGAGAGAAUCGAUGCUUCACUUCACCACCCCAUAUACCUACCUACUACCGCUCUCCCUCAAAAUGUUAACUUAAAUAAAUUGAAUAGUAAAAAUGUA